CCGCUCCUAUUGAAACCGGUAUCAUCAUGUCGCUAGCGCUCGGACAGGUCGAACCGGCCGUUUUUCAAGCCUAUGCCUUUUGGGCUGCCGUACUCGGGCUUAAGAUGCUGCUCAUGUCGGUUCUGACCGGGCUACGGCGUGGUUCAAAAAAGGUUGUUUCGAACCCGGAAGACGUUAUGCCGGGGGGCAAAGUUGCGUACGACGAUCCGGAUGUGGAACGUGUUCGACGUGCCCACCGGAAUGAUAUGGAAAAUAUUUUGCCAUACUUCAUCAUCAGCUUCCUGUACAUGUUCACCAACCCGAGCGUAACCGUCGCCGUCAACCUGUUCCGUUUGGUAGCGGCUGCUCGCAUCAUCCACACGGUAUUCCAUGUGCUCGUUCCGGUGCACAAGUUCCGGGGAAUGGCCUGGGCAACCGGCUUCUUUACGACGGUCUUCAUGGGCGUGCAGAUAGUACUGCACUUUCUGUAGAAUUCCUGAAACACCCCAACUCGAACUGAAAGCAGGGAAAUAAAACUUGCCCCCAUACACGCGGUACGACGUACGGGUUCUUCGGGUGUCAAAAAGCUCUUCA